AUGUCCGAUGGUGAGUACAUGGCAAGAUCCAGGCGGCCACCCGACGGCGACACGGCCCGCCAAGCACAGGCUGAGCUUCGAGCUGCAAAGGUGGAGCUAAUGGAGGCUACUGCAGAGGACUCGCAAGCCACACAGCCCUGGGAUGGAAUACCGGCACCCGCUGCCAACGACUUCGACGAUGACGACUUGGAAAAGGAGUUGGAAAGGCUUAUGAGCGAAGAGGCUGGGACACAUGCUUCUGAGCCUGAAAGCAAUAGCAAGAUGCAGGCACUUGAACAAGAACAGGCUACGCUGAAACAACUAUACGAAGAAGCUGUGGCCCGCAUUGCUAAGCAGAAGCUAGAGGCCACUACGCAUGGCACAGCAGCAGCAGAAGAAGAAGCCGAGAAGAAAAGAAAAGCAGCAGCAGCAGCACAGGAAGCCGAGGAGAAAAGACAAGAAGCAGCAGCAGCAGCAGCAGCAGCAGCAGAAGCCGAGAAGAAAAGACAAGAAGCAGCAGCAGCAGAAGCCGAGAAGAAAAGACAAGAAGCAACAGAAGCAGAAGCCGAGAGGAAAAGACAGGCAGCAGCAGACGAAGACGAAAAGAAAAGGCAGGAAGCAGCAGCAGCAGAAGCCGAAAAGAAAAGACAGGAAGCAGCAGCAGCAGAAGCCGAGAGGAAAAGGCUCGAAGCAGCACUAGCCGCAGAGAUAGAAGCAGCUGAUGCCCAGAAGAAACGCCGAGAGGAAGCACUUGCAGCAGAAGCAGCUAAGAAAGCACAAGAGGCAGCAGCAGCAGAAGCAGCAGACACCGAAAAGAAACGGCAAACAGCUGUUGAGGAUGAAAUCCGAAGAAUGAGGCAACGGAUCCAGGAGCUGACGGGGGAGACGCCACCGACAAUCGGCACGAGCAACUUCAAACGUGCACACAGCCCCACACGAGCAGCACCGAGCCGGACAGAACACGAGGAGGAGGAAAGGCUCAAAAGGGAGGUUGCAAAUGCUACGAAGAAGGCGAAGUUGGAUGAAAUCCAAAGGAAGAAUGAGGCCAUGCGACAAAAGCUCUUGGCCUUGGGCAGCAGUGCUUCGACAAACUCCCCGCCCGCAGCAACUCCGAACCCCAGUGCUUCGCCGGCCCCGGCCGCAACAAGUGCGAACCCCGCUCCGUCGCCGACCCCGGCCGCAACACCUGCUUCGCCGAUCCCACCCCCGCCUCAGGGCCCACCCCCACCUCAGGGCACUGCGACCCCUCCGACAACGAUCCCAGCAGCUGCUCCUCCCGAGACUUCGACGAGUGAACCGACUGCUGCUGAUGAAGUGUUCACGCACUACGCCCCCAACGAACAGAAAGCGAAGGAUGCCAUUGACUUUGCUGUCCAGCAAGGCCGCUGCCGGGACGAUCCGAACUUCCCUGCUGGUUCGGGGAACCUGCUGUACAAUAUCUUCACAGAGUUUUCCGAGACUGAGCUCUUCGAAAAACGUCGCGAGAUCGAGGCAAGCAUCAAACCACUUGCCUCCGACAACAGACCGGAAGCCAAAAAGCUGUUCUCAGAACUGCGGCGAGACUUACAACGACGAUUGGAUGCGAAAAAUGCUGCUGCAUCGAGCUCUCCUGUAACCCUGGACAAGCUUUAUGUGCCCCAGCAAGAAGCACUGCCGUACAGGCUGCAGAGUCUGGCGAAUGCAUCUCUAUCGAAUACUGCUGUCGCUGCUCUACAAAAAAAGAAUGCUGAUGUGAACUGGAUAAGCGACUUGUGUUCAGCCGCUGAAACCGAAAGCGGCAACAACAUGCACUGGAUCACCAAGAAGCUGGCUGGGAGGAGAACAGAGAAGCGAUUCCACGAGUUUUUCGCACGAUCAUUACCAAAGGUAUCGAAAAUCAAGUUGCCGCUGCUGGUGUCGAAGAAGAAGAAACUUGACACUUUGAAGACUCGCCUGUGCCUCGCAUGCCUUACUGGUCAAACGGUUCUCACUCGGGCGAUGCAAAAGAACAAGAAGAUCGGCACGCAAUUCCCCGCGACCUUGGAUGUUCUUAUGAGCUUCCUCAAAGAUGAUUUGAAGAAAGUGAGAUUCAAACUUGAUGGCAUAUCUUCCAGAAAGCUAUGCUAUAUGGGAUUGGCUGGGGACCAGAAGUGGUUCCAACAGAUCCUGCAUUUGCCUGACUUCUUGCAAGAGCUCUGGACUGCCCAAAGGGGGCACGGAAUCCCUGCACUCUGCGACUUCGAUGGCUUCGACAGCAAGCUGAUCCACUUCGACACAUUACAUGUGUGCUACAGGGGUUUUGGGCCAGACUUUACCGCUUCAGUCAUGCUGGACCUUUUUCUGGGAAACGGAGGCUUGACAAAAGCUCACACUCUUGCCUCUACAUGGGCGAAAGCCCAAGGCCUCGAACUUGCUUGCGACGACUUCAAUCUAAAUGCAGAUGAGAAGUACGCUUUCCUUAAUGCUAAGGGUGCAGACAUCAAAGUCAUAUGUUUAUGGCUUGUUCCUGGAGCUGACAGCAACUGUUUUUAA